CUUUUCUCUAUCAAAUUUUCAAAUCUCUACAUUUCUCUUUUCCCAUUGUGCAAACUGCAUGCUGUGGGGUUGAUCAAAGAUGGCCAACAAUUGCGAGAUCUACUUGGAAAUCUUAAUUGCAAUCUUGCUUCCUCCCCUGGGAGUCUUCUUUAGACAUGGUUGCUGCAGCUGUGAGUUCUUCCUCUGCUUGGUUCUGACUCUCUUAGGUUACGUUCCUGGAAUAGUCUACGCCAUCUACGCCAUUGUGGUACGUGAUAAUCAUCCCGACGACGAAUGGCGUCCUAUCAACAACGCGUAGCGCGCGUUGCUGGCUAUUAAUUCCAACUCAUUGUUUCUCUCGAUGUUUUCGGUUGUUUAGUUCGACUGUAGUACAAUAAUUCAAGAUCCUUAAUUUCGUGUGCCACGAAUUCUUGUUACAAGUGGUGAACUCUCUUUUUUUGAUUCAAUAUUCAAU